CUCUAAUCCCUUUUCUCUCCAACUACCCGGGCUUGCUGUAGUCAGAGUACAAACCUUUUUCUCUUCCUCUUUAACUCCCUCUUCCUCUCCGGAAGUUGAAGAAGACCUUCUGCAACGUCCUCUCGCGAUUGAGCUUCACGUCAGAUCCAGAGACGACUAUGUCCGGGAACUCCAAUUGCAGUGUUUACAUAGGCAAUCUAGAUGAGAGGGUGACAGAGAGGGUCUUGUAUGAUAUAUUAAUCCAAGCAGGACGAGUGGUAGAUUUGCACAUUCCUAAAGAUAAGGAAACUGAGAAACCGAAAGGUUAUGCCUUUGCAGAAUAUGAAACUGAGGAGAUUGCAGAUUAUGCUGUCCGUCUUUUCUCGGGCCUUGUAACUCUCUAUAACCGAACACUCAAGUUUGCAAUGUCUGGGAGAGACAAGACUACCCUUAAUGGCUCUACAGCAGUUACCCCCACAUCAAAUUCUUCUCAAAGGUCAAGGCCAUAUGCAGUCCCAAUAAAUAAUUCAGAAAAUUUUCAGCACCCUGCCAGGCUAUCAACUUCUGAUCGAUAUUCAGAUUAUGCAGUAAAUCAUUCCCAAGUUCCUCCUAUUCGUGUAACUAGUGGGAAUGGAUCUCACUAUAGUGGCAACAAUUAUGAAUACAGCAGGAGAGCUUUUGGGGCAACAUUGGAUAGCAUUAGCCGUAAUAGGUCACGCCGCUUUGAUAGAAGUAGCCCAAUCUCUUACCCAUAUUACUAAAUAUUUUCCAAAGAUCAGUGAAGUAACAGACUAAUCUUUCAUUAAAUAUUAGUCAUUAGCGAUAAUAGAAUGUAAAUGGGAACUAUUCAAUAUUUAGUAGAAUGUAUACCUAUUUAUUUCACUCUCCAGGUGGCUCGGUCCUUAUGAACUUAAUGUUUGUAGUUUUCUCUGUAGUGAGGAAAUCUUUAUAUUUAGUUCUGUAGGUUGAACUCAAAUCAAGCAGUUCUAUCUUUUCACUUGCCUUUCUUUCAGCUUUGGUUGUAGUGUGAUGUGGUUUCUAACAUUUCAUUAUCUAAAAUUUCUGUAUUGAUUGUUUCCUAACGAAUAGGAGCAAACUGUUGUUUGGUUUUCCUUUAUGCCAAUGAAAUUUGUAAUUUUGUUCGAA